AUGACCACCACUCCUAACUCCACCUCCACCUCCACCACAGCCACCACCACAACCCGCCCAUUCACCACCACCACCACCAAACCUACCACCACUACAACCCCACCAAGACCACAAUCUCCAUUCCAAAUCCACCACCAGCAAAUAUACCCAGUAAUCAGACCUCAAACUCAAACCCCAAAUUCAAUCAUUCCUUCCAAUCAUCAUCAGCAACAACAAGGGGUUCUCUACCCAGUUGCCUCCUCUGGUCGCGGUUUCAUUCCCAGACCUGUUCGCCCACAGCAAGAUCAGACCCCAACAAACCAAGGCGUGUACCAUCAACGCGGAGUUGGGGUUGCUUACAGACCUCACACUCCAACUACGAUUGGUGGGUCUCCGAGUUCACGGUCUCAUCCGAAUCCUCAACAAUUGGGGGAUCUUCAUCAUCUUCAUAAUGUGCAGCAGCAGAUGAUGAUGAGUAGGCAGCAUCCUACUCACUUGCAACAUCACAAUUAUGUUGGUCUUGGUCUCGGUGUGGGUUCUGUUUCUGCUCCUAUUAAGGGAAUUCCAGUCACCGGCCAACACAAGGUUGCUCCAUCUCCAUCUCCAGUUUCUGAUUCGAAUGGCUAUAAAAAUUUGAGGGAACGAAGCAGAGAUGAUAAUCUUGUGGUGGUUAGAGAUCGAAAAGUAAGAAUAUCAGAUGGAACUUCUCUUUAUGUUCUUUGCCGAUCAUGGUUGAGAAAUGGAUUCCCUGAGGAAAGCCAGGUUCAGUACGGAGAUAGUGUAAAGCCUCUUCCAAGACCUCUUUUGCCAAAGAAGGAAGGUGAAGAUGAAGUUGAAAAAGAGAAGGAGGAUGAAGAACCUGUCGAUCAUUUGUCAACAGAAGAACUCCUAAAGAGACAUGUUAAGCAUGCUAAAAAGGUUCGAGCACGGUUAAGGGAAGGACGAUUAAAACGAAUUGCAAGGUACAAAAGUAGGCUUGCUCUUCUCCUUCCCCCACAGAUGGAACAGUUUAGGAGUGAUGCUGCUGAGGAGAGCUGA